GCAGAAAUCUGGCUCAGUCCAUAAAUUCAGAGCACUGCCCGGCGCCCAUCUUACGGUGUCUGUUAAACUAACUUAUCUUGUUCUUCUAUUAUCUCGCGGAGCUCCUGCCGGGUUGCGGGGUUGAAGCAACUAUGGCUGAUCCUCUUUCCGUUACAACUAGCAUCAUAGCUCUGGCGGGUUUCGCCCUCCAGACGAGCAAGACGCUGUAUACUUUGCUGGACAGCUUUAAGUCUAAUAGACGAAGCAUCCGGGAACUUCGAGAGGAGCUUGAGUCUCUACAGGAAGUUCUGGAGUCGUUGAAACGGCUAGCGGCUGAGAACGAAGGGGAUCUGGAAUCCCUCAAGCUUCCUCUAUUUCGCUGCGGGAAAAUCUGUGAAGAGUUCGCAGAAGUGAUCGAGAAAUGUACAUCUCAUUCCCAAGAGUCUCGUACAAGCUUUCGGGACUGGACCAAGUUACAGUACAAGGGCGAUGAUAUCACGAAAUUCAAAGUGAAACUCAGCGAGUACAAAGCGACUAUCAGCAUUGCGUUGGCAAGUGCUACAUUUCGAACUGUGGCUAUCACCGCCAAUGUACUCAAAGAGUAUAAAGAUCUGGUUGAUAAUACAACAUCGGAUCUUUCGGACCACCUAGAAGAAGUUGAACAAAAGCUUCAGGAUCUCUCAUCACGGAAUGUGGAAUCCUCCGGUGAUAUCUCGGAACUGCAAGCUAUCGAAGAGGAGCGGCGUAGCAUACAGCAGUGCCUCCAAAUCUGCACUCAAGUAUCGAGCUACAUAGAGGAGAUCCAAUUUGGGAACCCAAAGAGCCCUAGUUCUGGCCUCGAGGGGAAAUCGCUGUCCGAGGCAACCAAAGCAGCUGAAUAUUUGAAAAUCUCGCUGGCAACGAAGCUCACUGGAAGCACCCUUGAGGAAUGCAAAGCCAGGCUUCACGCAGCAUCGUCACAACUGAGGGUCCAAUUGGAGUCUCUAGACAGCAAAAUCAGGUCAUUGUCAAAGCAGCGACCCAACCUAUCAACUGGAGAGGCAGAAGAUCUGAAGCGAUUCAAAGAGGAACGAGACAGCAUUACGCAGUGUCUUGCGAUCUGCACAGAGGCAUCAGAUCUGGCUGAUAACCCUCGAACUAAUGUCUUUGAAGACAUUCAAUCUGCUGAUUCAUCGCAUCAGGUCAUUGUCUCCACGCUCGGAGACCUGAUCACUGCCAGGCGUGUUUCUGCCGAAUCAGGCUCUGCGCAAUGGCUUGGUCAAAUGUCGGACGAGACUCUUCGAUGUCUUGCUGAGAAGUACGUUCCGACUGCAGAGAAGGAGAAUAGAGAUCCUGGAGGCGAAAAAACAGCUGGUUUUGCAAAUAGAUAUGGUGCUGGUCAUCAACUGAACAGCAGACAUGGGGAUGCAAAGCGAAGCUCUCCUAGCGGCAGUAGAUAGGUAUAUAAAUGAUGAUUCAGUACAGUCGAGGAAAGAUGAGAUAGUAUGCGUUAUGUCACAAUGAACUGUCACGAUUAUUAGGAACAACGAUCACAAUGCUUAGACGGACGAAAUAGAUAGCUCGUCAAAGGAGGCAAUACAGCGUUGUAUGGAAUGCCUUGAGUGUCAUCAGGCGCAUACGCUCGUGUUGACAGAGAACCAGCAUAGUGUCUCCAAAAAUAGACUCCA